AUGGUUGAGCAGUCUCUUCGGAUGGGUCGUCUUCCCUGGCAGGCACUUCUGGCAUUUGACGUGAUCUCAACGAGUCUGGGCCCAUGCUUUGGCAUAUCACACUCGUCAAGUGAAAGCUUCUCUCGGUUCCAAGGUGGGCCCGAUGCAAACCGAGAACUGGAGCUGGAUGGCGAUAGGAGCUGA